AUGUCAAUUCAACAAAAAGAUAUAGAUGAUAUUUUAAUAUGUCUCAGAGGUAUGUUGCAGCCAGAGACUGUAACAGAGGCCACUCAAAAGUUGAACUCUCUCCUAAAGAGACCUAUUUCAUCUCUCAUCUUGAUGAAUCAAAUUCAAUCUUCUCAAUUUAAAGAGGUAAUACAUCAACAGAUUAGUCAAAGUAGUCGUAGUAGUAGUAGUAGUGGAUCUAUUAUUAGACAAUUAUCAGCAGUAUUGAUGAGAAAGAAGAUUUCAGUACAUUGGUUACACAUUACAGAAGAACAAAGGGUUGGUUUAAAGUCAACACUUUUACAACAAUUCAUGCAAGAACCAGAAAAUGCAAUCAAAAAAGCUGUAGCAGAAGUUAUCAUUAUCAUCUGUCGUAUCUCUCUACCAAUUGGUGACUGGAAUGAAUUCCUCCCAUUCUUGUACCAACUCUCUCAACAACAAAAUUCAGUUUUCAGAGAAUUACAAAUGUAUAUGUUUGAAAUAUUAUUGGAACAUAUUACAGUUGUUGCUGAACACUCUACAGAAUUGGCUCAAUUAUUCAAGAAUGGAUUAAAUGAUCCAGUACUCAAAGUUCGUACAAACACUCUAAAGGCUGUUGGAUCUGCCAUCGUAACCUUUUCACAUGACAAAAAGGUUGUUGAGAAGUUUUUGGAAUUGAUGCCACUCAUCAUUGAAAAUAUCAAGAUUUGUAUUCAAAAUCAUUUAGAUGAAGAAGUACAAUCAUCAUUUGUAAUGUUUGAUGAAUUGGUUGAAAGUCAAUUACCAACCAUUGUAAGAGUAUUACCAGAGAUUAUUAAAUUUUCAUAUCAAGUUGCUGCUGCUCAAGAUCUUGAUCCAUCUGUUAGAAUAUCUGCUGUUGAAUUUAUUGAUGUUGUCAUUCAAAACAAACCAAAGAUUAUUAGAGAUUCAAAUUUAUUAGAAGAUUUAUUAAAAUUAAUAUUAGGAUUAAUUACAACAGGAGCAAUUGAAGAGGAUUUGGAAGAGAAUGAAUUAUUUAUUGCUGCUGGUGUAUCGUUGAAACAUAUUGGUGAAGAGUUUUCUGCAAAGUUGGUAUUCCAUCCAUUGUUGGGUUUGAUGAAGCAAUUCUCUGAAUCACAAGAUCUUGCUCAUCGUAUCUCUUUGCCAUUGAUCAUUCAACAAUUGUCAUAUGGUUGUGCUGAAGAGAUGAGAGAUCAAGUCGAAGCCAUCGUCCACAUGACCAUGAAGGGUUUGGCCGAUCCAAACAAGACUGCUCGUCAAAACGCAUUCAUCUGCAUUGCACGUCUCUCUGAACACAUUGAACCUGAAAUCUACCGUUUCAGCAAUAUUAUUUUCCCAGCCAUCUUCAAAUCGUUGGAUGACCCAGACAAUGCUUUUGUACUCCGUUGUUGUUAUGCUUUGGAAGCUUUCCUCUCUAAUUUGGAGACUGAAGAGUUGUUGCCAGUACUCCCAUCGAUCAUGGAAAAGGUUGGUCAACUCUUGGAACGUGAUAAUGUCCAAGUCAAGGAGUUUGCACUCUCUGCCAUCACUGCUAUUGCUUUGAGCGCCGAAGAACACUUUGCACCAUACUUUGACAAGGUCUUUACAUUCUUGAAUGGACUCUUGUCCAUCACCGAUCAAAAGCAUAUUACAUUGCGUGCCAACGCUAUGGAUUGUAUGGGUGCCAUCGCCAAGACUGUCCCCAAGGAACGUAUUAUCCCCUUUAUUCCAAACUUGAUGUCCAUCUCGCUGGCCGGUCUCAACCUUGGUGUACCCGAGUUGACCGAACUCACCUUUUCCUUUUACUCUAUUAUAUUUGAGCACUUUGGCGAAGACAUGGCACCCUAUCUCAAGGAUGUCUUCCAACUCUUGCUCAAGAGUGCACUCUCUGACGACGGUCUCACCAAAAAUCAAACACAAAGCGCAUUCAACAUUCAAGGUAUCGACAAUGAUGAAAGCGAAUCUGGCGCCAACGAAGAGGAAGAAGAAAAUUACUCUGGACUCUCUGUUCGUACCAACUUCCUCGACGAAAAGAGUGCUGCCAUUCACUGUCUUGCCACACUCGCACAUUGUCUCCCCAAGUCAUUCUUCCCAUACGUUCAAGAACUCAUCACUGCUUUAGAGUCACUUUGUCAAUACUUUCACGAAGACAUUAGAUUCGAAGCUUUGGGAUGUCUCUCAUCUAUCAUCACAUCUGUUGUUGCAUGCUAUCCAAUCGAAUACAAAAAGGGAGAUUUUACCACUGCCGUUCCAGAACCAGUUAAGGUGCUCCUUCAAUUCUCCUUCCAAAUCUACAAUCACAUUCUCACAUUCGAGGUUAAAAAGAGUGUUGUAUCAAAGGCCUUUUUGGCCAUUGCAGAUACCGUCAAGGAGGUUGGUCCAGCUGCCAUAGCUCCAUUCAUGAACGAUAUUGGUAAUCAUGUCAUGAACGUAGUCAAGGGACAUGCCUAUUGUCAAACAGUCAAUCGUGACGCUGAAGUCGAAGAUGACGACGAAGAAGAUCAAGAUGAACCAACCGAAGAUGAAGAUGAAGAGGAAUCAGAUUACAAUCUAUUACACUAUGCAUCUGAAUGUAUGAUUGAAAUUGCCACCGCAUCUGGUCAUGCUUUUAAAACUUAUUUUGAACAUUCACUUCAACAUUUAUUAAAAUUAACUAAUCCAAAAAAUCAUCAUUCAAUUGUUGCAUGUGUAAUUGGUACAUUGGCAGAAAUAUUAAGAGUGAUCGAAGUUGAUUGUAGUCCCUAUUUUGAAAGAUUAUAUACAGUUUGCAUGAAGGCAUUGAAAGAUGAAUCACCACAAGUACGUAGAGUAUCAUGCUUUAUGUUGGGUAUUUUGAUCAAGUGUAGUGUUUGUGCCACCAAGGAACACUAUGUUUCAGUGCUCCAAGCCAUCCUUCCAAUGUUACAAAGUGCAACAGUAUCCAACGAAAAGGAGGUAGUUGACAAUGUUAUGGGUUGUGUAGCACGUAUGAUCUAUGCUGGAUCACAAAAUGUACCACUCGUAGAAGUACUCCCAAUGUUCCUUGCCAAACUACCAAUCCAAAAGGAUUUACAAGAGAUAUCAUCUGUUUUCGAUGCCAUCUUCCUACUCUAUUCAAAGCAUUUUGAUAUUGUAUCACCACAUACCGCUAGAAUCGUCUCUAUCUUUGCACAUGACCUUGCUCAAAAGUUAGAAGACGAUGUUCGUGAAAAGAUCGUUGGAUUCAUUAAACAAUUGGGUGAAAAGUUUGGUCCUCAAAUGGAACAAAUCAUCUCUCAACUUCCUGUUGAUCAAAAAUCUACUAUCCUUACUCAAAUUCAAAAAUAA